AUGGUUGUAGGUGCUGUGAAAGAGAGCUCGCAGAGCCUCACGGAGACAUUUGAUUUCGGAAGAAACUCCAGGCUUUUAAGGAGCGAGACCGAAACGGAGCCCGUAGUAUUUGCUGCGCCACCCCAGACAUAUUUGUACAACCACAAAACAAAAGGGCGCCGAACGUUUCUGCAGGAUCAAACCACAUCGUCUACCCGCCUUCCGCGAAUUUUGCCCAAGGGGCUUCCGUACGCUGCCAACUUCAUUUCUUUUGAGGAGCUACUCGGAUGCGGUACCCUUCAGACAUGUAGUCAAGACGAAGUCGACUUUUCCGUCGAGGAUCUUCAGCUCCUCUAUCAGGCGAAGUGUUUGGACCAGGCCUUGCCGCCGUCGUGGGAGCGCAAGAUGCGGUUUAUGGAACUUAUUAGUGCAAAUUGCAAAGGAAAGUUCUUUUGCCUGAGGGAGAGUGGACUCGGGCCAAUGAGCGCGGAGGCCAUUGCCCACAUUUUGUCAUCAAAUAACAAAUAUACAAUUCUUGACCUAAGCGGGAACCGUCUGCUGGAUGAGGGUGCUUGUUUUAUUGCCAAGCUCAUUAGCGUCAAUAGGACUCUCGUACAUGUCGGACUUCGUUCAAAUGAUAUUGGUCACAUUGGCGGUGAGGCGCUUGCCGAUGCAUUACUUGAGAAUAACACGAUUAUUUCACUUGACGUGGGAGCACACUCAGGUAUUAACGGAAACCACAUCGCCACCGAGGGUGCGAAGGCAAUAGGUAACGUUCUUAAAUCCAAUAAGGUACUAGCGAAACUCAACCUCGGUUGCAACGGUUUAGGCCAUGCCGGUAUUUCCCAUAUUGCUUCUGGUCUUGAUGGGAAUGAGAGCCUAACGCAUUUGGAUAUUUCCGUCAAUAACUUGGGCUAUGAGGGUGCGAAGAUAAUUGCUGAUGUAUUAGAGAGUUCCUGCAUCACCCACUUAUCCCUUCAAAGGAACAAUCUGACGGAUAGUGGUGGUAUGGUAAUAUUCCGCGCCAUUGCCGCCGCUGUUGAAAAUGGUGAGGACCGAAUCGAGUUUCUCAACAUCGAGAGCAACGACUUGAGCACAAAUUCCGCCAAAGCCAUACAGAAGGUAUUGACGGUAUCAUCAGCUCUGAAGCAGCUUCGAAUUUCUUUGAAUUGCUUCGGUUCUGCUUCAAAGUUUAUUUUGGAGGGUCUCGCGGAGAACAAGGGACUGAAGUCACUGCACAUGGCGUCGUGUGAAAUUAGGGAAACAGAUGGCCAGCCCUUUGUCACAGGGCUCUCAACGAAUGCCACACUGCAGCACCUUGACCUGUCGAGAAAUAAACUCAGAGAUGCGGCGACAAUAUGCAUAGCAGAGGCUUUGAAAACCAAUAAGGGACUAGUUAGCCUGGACCUGUCAUGCAAUAACAUUAUGGAUGAGGGCGGAUCAGCAAUUGCUAUGUUUCUUAAAAGCAACAGUACGCUCCGUGAGCUCAGGCUCCGACGCAACUGCAUGUCAAAUGUAACGGGAGAUUUAUUAGAUGAACAACUGCGGAGCAACACUUCGCUGGAGAAUAUGGAUAUUACAUAUAACGAUUUCCGAUACAAGUGCCUUCUUGGUAUCCGUGCAACGCUUGCACGGAACGCAGAGACAAACAAAGGUCUUGUUGUACCGAAACUGAAGGCGGAGGUGGAGGGUCUUUCCUUCAAGGAGAAAGAGCUGGCUCAGGCUGAAGAUGAAAUUGAAAUGGAGCGUCGCAUCAUCAAGGACCGCAGUGAACAGUUACUGCGGCGCAAAGAAGAGGCCCGCGUUACGGUUGAAAAGGCUCGCCGUGACAUUGUGGAUAUUGAGAAGACACUCGCCACAGUGCAGGGGCGUAUGUAUGCUGCAGAGGAGGUUUUGCAUCGCACAGAAGAACGUGUAUCGAAUGGGAUGGCAACCAUCAACGCUCGCAUGUCCAACAUGGAGGCACGAUUGCAGCAGGAGAGGGAUCGUGUGGAGCGAGCUAACCGUGAAAUGGAUCGUGUGCGGCGGCAACUAAAGCAACUGGAAGAGGCGGAGGCGGCACGACUGCGGCCACUCUUGACAGAACUCAGCAUUGCAGAAGAAGAUCGUAAUCGGGAAAUGAAAGCCUGCCAGUAUGAGGGUGAUAAACUCGCCACGCUGGAACUGGCCCGAAAGGAGUUGGAGGUUAAAUUGGGAAUCUCUGCCAGGAAUGCCGUCUUGCGGACCCCGACGUCGCGGUCGUCAGGGAAAUCCCCCUCAAGAUCUCCACUGGGAUCUCCUCAGAGAUCUUCAAGACGAUAA